ACACGAAAAACAAUCUGUUGCUGAUUUUUAAACCUUUUGCCUUUAGCAACAGUGGCUGCCCUGGAUUAGGACAGGCAAAAGUCUAACGAUGUUCUUUAUUAGUUCAUUUAGUUAGGAUAGAAUAUUAACUAAGCGUUUGGAAAAACUGAAAGCGAACCAUCUUUUUUGGUCUGGAAUCUAUCUUCUCCAUGAAGAAACUUUAUGUGCCAGUUAUUUGCUUUUAAAAAGCUCUGCCGGUUAACUUUGAAAUCAAAUCGCGCUACCUCAUUCAGACACACGAUAAUUAAGGGGGACAAGAAAGGGAUAGGGGGCGGGCAAUGGUUUUUUUUUCUUUUUCUUCUUCAUUUUGAUUUUCUGAAUGCUCCUGAUGAAAGGGCUUGAGCCCUCGCCAUUUUCAGUAUUUCAAUAGAUUGUCCACGCUGUAACGUGCAUAAUUUGGGUGUAUUUGCAAAGGUACCCACCUGCAUCAAUGAUUUGAACUGCAUGAUCCGUUUUUCUUCCACAGGUACAGAUAACUGUUUCUACUCAAAGUGCGGCGGUUGUAAUGAAGACAUUAGGGACAAGUACCUCCUCCAGGCACUGGACAAACUCUGGCAUGUGUAUUGCUUGCGUUGCUGCGACUGCAGGGAGACACUCGACGAAGGAAAGUGUUUCUUUCGCGAGGGGAACAUACUCUGCAAGAUUGAUUUUUUCCGGGUACAAUUUUUUGGACAAUACGAUGUUGUUUACACUGAUUUAGACAACGAUAUACUGUUUGUAUACUGUUUUGAAAUGUGCACAUGUUUUUCACUCUCAACCGUGGGGCCGUUCAGAGACACCUGGAGGCCAGGCGAACAUAACCGUAUAGCACUUUUAAUAUUGAAUUGCAGCAACGUUUUCGCCAAUACUGAAGUAGUGAUGCAUCAUUUUCAGCAACUAAAAUUACAGCAAUUUCUGUCUGUUAUUUCCAGGCGGUACGGUAAGAGAUGCUCGAUUUGCCAUGAAGGUGUCUCCCCUCACCAGAGCGUACGCAAAAUUGCCGACAAAGUGUACCACAUCACCUGCUUUACCUGCGUGACGUGCAAGAGGCAGCUUUCCACUGGUGAUCUGUUUUAUCUGUUAGAAGACGGAAGAAUUAUUUGCAAACAGGACCUUGACGAAAGCAAAUAUUCAGACGACUCACCAUCCUUUGCUCAGGUAUUUUCAAUCAAACUCUUGAAUACAACCAUUUCAGGUGACUCCAACCCUUCAUCUCCUAAUGAAUCGACUUCAAUCAAAGGCAAGCGAGCGCGCACGUUUAUCACAGCUCAACAACUUAAAAUACUGAAAUCAGUAUACCUCACCACCCCUCGACCUGACUUGGCCGAGCGCCUCAAAAUCUCCAAAAUGACUGGGCUCGAUAUGCGUGUGGUCCAAGUCUGGUUCCAGAAUCGUCGCGCAAAGGAGAGACGCCUGUCUGAGAAGGGUAAGAAUCCCUGGACAAACCACUUGAAAAAACUCGCUAAAAGGCGUUGCCUGUCCCUGGAUUUGUCCUCCGCAAUUGCUGCUACGUCUUCUCCAGGGAUUCAAGUUUCCGACAAGAUCUGCUCUGAGGAUGACGCGUUAAGUUAUUCAGGUGAAGGGCGUGUUACUUUUGUAAACUUGCUCACUUUUCAUCAUUCAUACAAGUGAAUAAAUGA